AUGAUAGAGAAGAACGUGUGUCUGAUCGCCGGUGGAAGGGGUGGUGCGAUCGCCACCAAAGGCGGGUCCGGAUUCCAAGGCCCACACAAGAGUGAUCCCAAUGACGACAGCGGAUCCUUUUCGGUGAUUCUUGUGGUCAUCCUUCCCGUCGCCCAAAUGAUCGCAGUCCUCAUUCUCAUACUUAUUAUAAGGAUUUGUUACCGAAAAUACUGUUCACAAAAUGAGCAAAACUCGCAACAAAUAAAGAAACCAAUUUAUGGCAACGAAGGACUCAAUCCGUCCAUUCAUUGCAAUAAAUUCUGAUUCAAUGAAAAACAUUAAAUAAAUUGUGACAUAAAAGCGAGAGCCAGAGUCACCGACA